GCGGUCGAGCGUGCACGGGGCGUGCGGCCGCGCGUCCCGACGGCGAUAACGUGGCGACAUGCGAUCGGCGUGCUCGGGGCCCGCCGCGGUGUACGUGAAACGAAGAGGAACAGGAGAACGAGAAAAAAAAAAAAUAAAUAAAAAUAACGCGGAGUGUUACGCAAGUUCUGGCCGUGCUCGUUGCGUUUCGAUCCACAUCCGCCGACGAACGGCGUUUUCACCGUUGCACCUGUACGAGUUAUCGCAUUUGACCUUGAGUUCAGCUGAUUAACAUGCGCGUGCACGCGUUCCCGGCGGACCCGCGGGCGAUUUGUCAGUCCCCCGUCGUCCGGUGAUGCGCCCGUAACGUCGGUGCACCACAAUCGUACGGCGAACAAAAAAAAAAAGAACGUGCAUUCGCGUUCGCUUUGCGGCCAUGUUACCGGCCGGCGUGUUGGCCGGGCGCGCCGCGAGAUCGCAACGUCGGGACGUGAUCGGCGCGGCCCGCUGGUGGUUCCGUGGCCGGAAAUGCGCCGGCGCGUUCGCCCGUCCACCGGCACCGGACGGCAACGAUCGUCGCCGCUACCACGUCACAUCAUCGUCUUGUGAGCUGCGACUGUGCGCCCGUAACGGCAUCGCCUCCCCCGCGGUCAAGGGCUACUGCAGCAGCAGCAGCGGCGGCGGCGGCCGGAGCAAAAUUCAGCCGUUCUUGUUGGCCGACAUCGGCGAGGGCAUCAAAGAGGUGACCGUCAAGGAGUGGUACGUGAAAGUGGGCGACCGGGUGUCGGAGUUCGACGACAUCUGCGAGGUGGAAAGCGACAAGGCUACCGUGACCAUAACGAGUCGGUACGCGGGUGUCGUGACCAAGGUGUACUGCGAGACGGGUUGUAUGGCCCGGGUGGGCAGUGUUUUGGUGGACAUCGAAGUGGAAGAGGACGGCGAGACGGUGGUCGUGGCUGCGGCGGAAGACGCCGAACAACGAGCUGCGGCCGACGAGUUGGUGGCACCGGAAGCGACGACUGCAAAUUACCAGGCACGUGACAACGAGGGAAAAGUGCUGACCACGCCGGCAGUGCGCAGGAUCGCUGCGGAAAAGGGUAUCGAUUUGACCGCUGUUCGAGGUACCGGGAAACAGGGUCGAGUGCUCAAAGAAGACUUGCUCGGACCCGAGUUGUCUACUCCGGCUCCGGUGGUUGCGGCUGCAGUCGGUAGCCCGCAAACUACUGAAGCAGGAGACCAGGACUUCAUACCGUUGACCGGAUAUUCCAAAAUUAUGCGGAAUACGAUGGAAGCAUCGAAUAAAAUACCGACGAUGGUCAUCACGGACGAGGUGAACCUGACUCGGUUGGUAGAGCUCAAAACGCAGAUGUCUCCGUGGUUGAAGGUGACGAUACUGCCGUUCUUGGUGAAGGCUACCUCGCUCGCGUUGACCCGACAUCCUUUGCUCAACAGCACUCCCAGCCCAGACUUUUCGUCGUACCGGCCGAACAGGUCGCACAACAUUGGAGUGGCCAUCGACACGCCACUGGGUCUGGUCGUGCCCAACAUUAAGAACGUGCAAACGCUCUCGUUGGUGGAUCUGGUCCGCUCAAUGGCCCAACUCCGGACCAAAGCGGAAAACGGAAAACUCACGCCGGCCGAUGUUACCGGUGGUACGUUCACGUUGUCCAACAUGGGCACGAUCAUGGGUUCAACGCUGACGCCAAAGAUCCUGCCGCCCGAGUUGGCCAUCGGCGCGCUGGGUCAGAUGAAGUACCGUCCGCGGUACGACUCGCAGGAGCGGCUGGUACGAACACCCGUCAUGAACGUGUCCUGGGCGGCCGACCACAGGAUCCUGGAUGGCGCCACGGUGGCCAGGUUCUUCAAAGACUGGAAGACGUACGUGGAAAACCCGUCGUUGAUAUUGGCCAACGUAGAACUCUAACCCGAGAAAUGAACGGGAACACUGUGAUCGACGUCGGAGACUAUAAAUGCCCGUAAACGAAUUCGUAUACAUAUUGUUUGUUAUUGUUUUUUUUAAUAUACAUUUUUAUGCGACAAU